GUUAGUAUAAAAGCGCUUUCGAGGUGAGACGCGGAGGGACCGCUCUUCAGCUGGGGAACACUGAAGAUGACUGAUGGUCGUUCGUGGAGCACACACACAGUUCAAAACACUUGUAGACGGCCUUAAGAGUCUUGCAGCCAUGACUUGCAUACACCCCCAGCAUGGAUCUCAGCCCUAUGAGAACAGCCUUGGCAGCUCAGAGCUUCAAAGCACAGACUUUAUCUCCAGGUUGGCUGUGGAUACAAACAGCCCACGGGACCACCUCGCCACUCCACCCCUGCCAAGCAUCAGCUCUCUGGUGGGCACUAACGUGGGCGACUUUGACGCAUACUCAUGCCAGUUCACUGCAGCUCCUGCCCACGUUGCUCCAUCAUCAGGCCAGGAGACCCCAUUCAAGCUGGAUGACUUCCAGGUUUACAGCUGCUACCCUGGAACAUUCACGCUAAGUUACCCGGAUGAGGCUGUGUCCCCUGGUGGGUCAGAUUAUUUUGGCAGCCCCGCAUCAGCCUCGUCUCCUUCAACUCCCGGGUUCCAGAGUCAGCAUACAUCCACCUGGGAUUCAGCCUUUGGUCCAUACUCACCCAGUCCAGGAUACUGGGCAUCUGAGGAGACCUCAGUGCCACACGUGCCCUCUUUCUUCACAUUUGGUACAGGGUCUGUGGAGGACAUGUCUCAUUUGGGUCAACCACACUUACGAGACCAGGACCCUUUCACUUUGACCCAUCCUCACCAAUCUGCACUGUCCUUUCCUGGCUUGUCGAUGGAGCAUGCAUGUAGCCUUGAUGGCAAUGACCAGCUGGAUGGAAGAUUAUCGCCCAAAUUAAAAAGCCCAAAUGGAAAUGAGAGCUGCUGUGCUGUGUGUGGGGACCACGCCUCCUGUCAGCACUACGGGGUUCGCACCUGUGAGGGAUGCAAAGGAUUUUUCAAGCGCACAGUGCAAAAAAAUUCCAAGUAUGUUUGCCUCGCCAACAAGGACUGUCCUGUGGACAAAAAAAGGCGGAAUCGAUGCCAGUUCUGCCGUUUCCAGAAGUGCCUAGCUGUAGGCAUGGUCAGGGGAGUUGUUAGAACGGACAGUCUGAAAGGACGAAGAGGUCGCCUGCCUUCCAAGCCUAAAGUUGUCCAGGAUGUGGCGACCACUGUAUCUCCUGUGAGCAUGAUUGCUUCACUUGUGAGGGCGCACAUUAACUCAAACCCUAGCAUUGGGAAACUGGAUUAUUCCAAGUAUGACGAGACAGAAGUCAGCCAGAACCAGAAAGAGGAUGCUAGCGACAUUAAACAGUUUUACGACCUUCUCACGGCCUCCAUGGAAGUUAUCAGGAAGUGGGCGAAGAGCAUCCCAGGUUUCUCUGAGUUCUGCUCAGAAGACCAGGAACUGCUGCUGGAGUCCGCGUUUGUUGAACUCUUCAUCCUCCGUCUUGCAUAUCGAUCCAAUCCUGAAACGGACAAGCUCAUCUUCUGCAAUGGGGCUGUGCUUCACAAAACACAAUGUGUCCGAAGCUUUGGGGACUGGAUCAACUCCAUCUUGGAGUUUUCUCAAAGCCUCUAUCGCAUGAAACUAGACAUUUCCUCCUUCUCCUGUCUCACAGCCCUGGUCAUAAUCACUGACCGACAUGGUCUUAAGGAGCCAAAACGUGUGGAGGACAUGCAGAACCAGCUCAUCACCUGCCUUAAAGAUCACGUCUCUGGCUGCGGCUCUGACUCCUUGCGGCCCAAUUAUUUGUCCAGACUUCUCGGGAAGCUGCCUGAGCUCAGGACUCUGUGCACUCAAGGCCGCCAGCGAAUCUUUUACCUUAAAUUGGAAGACCUUGUUCCCCCACCACCGAUCGUGGAAAAAAUCUUUAUGGAUACGCUUCCAUUUUGAGUGUGAGAUGGGAGAUUGACUAUCUGUGACUUAAAAUCUGGAGUUUGAUUGAAAGCCAAAGAGGACUGGCUGAGUGCUCGUACUUCAGGUAGUAUAAACUGAAAUUACAAGAAGCCUACAAGAAGAAUCCAGAGGGAUUCUGCAACUCCACAGGGAAAGGGCUUCUUCUGAAUUGUAAGAUGAAUGAGUUAUUAAACUUGUGGAAGCAACAUGUAUGUGGGGGCAUCAAAUAAUGCUCUCACUUAUUUGUUUUUCAGGGACAUUGUGUACUCUCUAGAUGGAAUUAGACAGGCCAGUUCAUGGACCAAAAACUGUUUACAUACGUGGUGCCAUGAAUGGCAGCAUUUCUGAUGGAGGGAACAUGACUGAACGUUCCACACAGUUAAAAAUUGAAUACAAAUCAUAUCUGCACCUUCAUUUCGAGGAUAUAAAGCCUUUUUUUGUGAUUUGGAUGACUGUAAAUUGCUCAAAGCAUUAUUGUAAUAUAUUUUGCUAAAGUAUUAAAAAUGGCCAAGCAAAUUAUUUCACAGGAUCACAGGCUUUCCAGCCCCCAAACUGUUGUUGUGAGUCCACACACAUCGACAUCUGAAGCGUGAAUCACUCAGGGCUCCAGAUUGGUUUAUGUUUAAUGCCACCAUAUGUAUUUGGUGAUUUAAAAAAAAAAAAAAAAAAAAAAAAAGGUAGGUUAAACCAACAGAAUUAUUUAGCAGUAUCAUUCAUGUAUCAUGAAUAGACAUUGAGCAGCUAAUAUACUGUGUAUCAUCCAGUACAGUCUUAUAUACUGGAUUUGUGUGUAAAAUAUUUUAAAUCUGUUUUAAGCCUACAGGUGUUAUUGCCACAUGAACUGUAUUCUACAGUCUGUGAAAGUGUAAUUUUAUUUUGGGCUUAUUGUUUUUACAUAAUAACGAGUUAUAUUUUACUGCAGCCGAACAUGAAAUAAAAUGUGGAACUGCA